GCGUUUGGCUGGGCUCUUCCCCGCUCCGGGUUCCCCCGCCCCGCCCCGCAGAGGCGCGAGUUGGGGCUGGUGUGGCGGCUGUCCUCGCUGUCCCCGCCACAGCCGCCAUGGGCAACUGCUACACGGUGGGACCCAACGAGGCGCUAGUGGUGUCAGGGGGCUGCUUCAGUCCAGAUGCGAAGAAAUAUGUGUUUGGAGGCUGGGCCUGGGCCUGGUGGUUCGUCUCGGACACACAGAGACUGACUCUGGAGGUUAUGACCAUCCUGUGUCGCUGUGAGAAUAUUGAGACGUCGGAGGGGGUCCCGCUAUUCGUAACAGGGGUUGCACAGGUGAAAAUCAUGACUGAGAAUGAACUGUUAGCGGUGGCUUGUGAGCAGUUCCUGGGGAAAAAUGUCCAUGACAUCAAGAAUGUGGUCCUCCAGACCCUCGAGGGCCACCUGCGAUCCAUCCUAGGGACGCUGACGGUGGAGCAGAUCUACCAGGACCGAGACCAGUUCGCCAAGCUGGUGAGGGAAGUGGCCGCCCCGGAUGUGGGUCGCAUGGGCAUCGAGAUCCUUAGCUUCACCAUUAAGGAUGUAUAUGAUAAAGUGAAUUACCUGAGCUCCCUGGGUAAGUCACAGACGGCCCAGGUCCAGAGAGACGCAGACAUCGGAGUGGCCCAGGCAGAGCGAGACGCCGGCAUCCGGGAAGCUGAGUGCAAGAAAGAGAUGCUGGACGUCAAGUUCCUGGCAGACACGUACAUCGCAGACUCCAAGCGAGCCUUUGAGCUGAAGAAAUCGGCCUUCACGGAGGAAGUCAGCGUCAAGACGGCUGAGGCCCAGCUGGCCUACGAGCUCCAGGCCGCCAAGGAACAGCAGAAAAUCCGGCAGGAGGAGCUGGAAAUCGAGGUGGUACAGAGAAAGAAGCAGAUUGAUGUGGAGGAGCAGGAGAUCCUCCGGACCACCAAGGAGCUCGUCUCCACCAUCCGGCAGCCCUCCGAGGCUGAGGCCCACCGCAUUCAGCAGAUCGCCGAGGGAGAGAAGGUGAAGAAGGUCCUCUUGGCCCAGGCAGAAGCUGAGAAGAUCCGGAAGAUAGGGGAGGCGGAAGCAAUGGUGAUUGAGGCCCUGGGGAAGGCAGAGGCUGAGCGGAUGAAGCUCAAGGCUGAGGCCUACCAGAUGUACGGCCACGCUGCCAAGCUGUCCCUGGUGCUCGAUGCCCUCCCCUCGAUCGCCGCCAAAGUGUCGGCGCCGCUGACCAAAGUGGACGAGGUUGUGGUGCUCAGUGGAGACAACAGCAAGGUGACCAACGAGGUGACUCGCCUGCUAGCGGAGCUUCCGGCCUCCGUUCACGCGCUCACCGGGGUGGACUUGUCCAAGGUGAGACUGAUCCCCGGUGGGGGUGGGGGUGGCGGAGGUGAGGAGGGGCCUCCCCGAUGCCCUUGUUCUCCACCCUCCCCGCAGAUCCCGCUGGUCCAGAAGGCGACGGGCACGCAGGGCUGAGGACGCCCCGUCCAGUCCCCCCACCCUCCGACGUGUGUCGCCAUCCCAGGGACAGUGGAAGAUUUACGGACUCUGGUGCCUGACUGUGGGGACCAGAAAUUCUGCCAAGUCCAGCCAAUCCGUGUCGGUCCUCUUUUUUGGUCAUCAUCCGUCCCUCCUUCACUCUUCUGGCCUCUCUCCUCUCUCCGUUCCUCCGUCUCGUGUGUGGCCCCCUCUUUGCUCACCUCCACAAUCAUAGUUUCAGCUAAGGAUGUUUAUGGUCACUGCUUGUCUUUGAGGAGCCACCUUGCAGCUCCUCGAAAUCCUGGUGCCUUGAAGUUCUCCGGCUGUCCAUUUGUCCACCCUGUGGUCCCAGCCAGAACUCGGUGUGAGGGAGGAGGGUGGCCUGGGCCAGGGAAGCCUUUCCUUGUGGCCCUGCUGUUCUCGUGGGAAGCCAAAGCCUCCCUGGCUUCUGCCAGCCUUGGACUCGGCUUUCUUCCCUAGACGGCCCCAGUCCCCCUCUCUCUGGGCAGGGGAGAACCGGGUCGGGGCCCUUCUGGCUUCACCCGCCAAACUCUGACCCGCUCCCACUUUCCACAGUCGCUUCUAUCCCUGGGAAGCUGGUGGACAUGCCGGAAUCAUUGGAUGGGGCUGUUUGCGGGCCAGGGGGACGCCCUCUUCUGGGCCAAGAGCAGCAGGAGGCCAUCUGGCCCCGUGCAUAAGGCUCUACUUGGGCACGACCGUCGGGCAGGCAGGUGGCAGGUGCAGGUUGGGCACGGCAGAGGCCAGAGCUCCAGGCUUUGCCUGCCCUGGGGAGGCCAUGGUAGAGGGAAGCCGGCCAGGCUCCCAACCCUUUAUCGUGGGGCGUCUGCGUCCCAGUGGAUGGAUGGGGAUGGGCCACCCCUGGCCCCUCGGUGCUGCCCCUUGCCCAGACCUCCAAGCUCCUCGUGCCACGCCACUCCGGCACAGCUCCAUCUUCUUGUUCCUUCUGCUCGACGCUCCUCCGGGCUGCUCGGGAGCUUCUCCCACCCUUGUGCUCUGAGAGCCGCCCAUGGGGCCAGUGGCCAGAGGCCGGGCCAGGAGCAUCCUGGGGCAGGAGCUGGGCUGGAGCAGCCCUACCUGAAUGGGGUCUGCGUUCCUGGCCUGCGUCGCUGCCCCUGCAUGUAAGUGCUGCAUGUCUGGCCUUGGCCCUGCCACCUUCCUCUGAUAGAAUAAAGACUCCUUGCACCCA